AUGGGCUCAAUCAGCGCCAUGAUUGAACAAGACUCGCAUCUAUCCGAUUGGCAGACGAAGGUCGCUCAAAAGCGACAACAGUGUCGUGAAGCCAUUCCGGAAGAGUGGCAGCUUUCUCCUGAUAACUUCAAAAUGCUGGCCUUUCCUCUGGAAAAGAAUCCAAAUAGACUCAUCGACAUGGAUAUAGUCAAAAAAUCUGGCAUUCUAUCCGAACGUGAGAUAUCAAUCACCGAGGACUACACAGUGGCGGAGUUGCUGGCCAAGCUUGCUUCGGGAGAGUUCUCUUCUGUCGAAGUUACAACUGCAUUCUCAAAAAGGGCUGCCAUAGCGCAACAACUGACCUCGUGUCUGACGGAGGUAUUCUUCGACGUCGCACUCCAACGGGCAAAGUAUGUCGAUCAAUGCAGGAGCGAGGGAAAGGUCCUCGGGCCCUUGCACGGCCUUCCGAUCAGCAUCAAGGACUCCUUUCAGGUAGUCGGCACCGAGGCUUCAAUCGGCUUUGUCUCCUUUCUCGGGAAGAAAUCCAAGGAGAAUUCGCCGAUUGUCGACAUGCUGCUCAACCUGGGCGCCGUGCUCUAUGUCAAAACGAAUAUUCCCCAGACGCUGAUGACCGCCGACUCCGACAACAAUAUCUUUGGCCGAGUCUUGAACCCUCACAACACAUCUCUAGGCGCGGGAGGUUCCAGUGGAGGAGAGGGAGCAUUGGUUGCUUUUCGAGGAUCCCCGCUAGGUAUCGGAACUGAUGUUGCUGGUUCAAUUCGUAUUCCGUCAUUGUGCUGCGGUACAUAUGGCUUCAAACCAACAUCUUCACGGAUUCCGUAUGGGGGACAAGCGACACCGGGGUUGCCAGGGUGGAAGCCCAUCGUCGCCUGCGCAGGACCACUUGCGAAUGAUUUUGAAGCCUUGGAAGUUUUGACCAAAGGAAUCAUAGACGCAGUGCCCGCUGUGUUUGACUCGACUGCCAUUGACGUACCCUGGCGCAGCUUGGAGCAAGACGGGAAAGACAAGCUCAGGAUCGGAGUUCUGGCUGAAGACCCCCUUUAUCCACUGCAUCCACCAGUGAAGCGAGCGCUAGCAGAAGCUGCCAGGAGACUUGCAGACCGAGGUCAUCAAGUGAUUCAGCUAAGCCCGGAGCAAGGCCACGUGGCUGAUGCAACUGAAGUGGCUUUCGAGCUAUUCUGUCUCGAGACGGAGACUCCAAGAGGACAUAUCCUUGCGAGCGGAGAGCCCCCGGUGCCUUCUGUGGCAGCGGGCCAUCGGCCUGCCAAUUUUGGAAGCUACACGUAUGUUGGGGAUAUUGCUAAGUUGGAUAGGCUGCAGAAGUAUGCAGCUUUGACCGUCAAGCGCCAGGAGCUGUCCGAGGACUGGCGGAAGAUAUGGUCAGAAAUGAAACUGGAUGCCGUUAUUAGCCCCCCUGCCCAGAACACAGCUGUUCCUCACGACACAUAUGGUUGGCCACCAUAUACCUGUCUCCUCAACCUGCUUGAUUACCCGGCUUGCAUACUGCCGUUCUCGAAAGCGUCACAGCAACAGGACUCUGAGCCUCUCCGGAUACAGCCUGGACAGGCUGGGCCCCACUAUGAUCCAGGGACACAGCAUGGAGCCCCAUGCUCUAUCCAGGUAUUCACAAGCCGCAUGCGCGACGAGGAAUGUAUCCAAGCAGCCCGUAUUGUUGAAAAAUGUUUGAGGUGA